AUGUCUAAUAUUAGCCAUUCAUGUAAACAGAUCACCACAACAGUUGCGCCUAAACAUGAAUCCCGACUAUACAUACCUUACCUGAUUAUUGCCGGAAUUGUAGCGUCGGGUGGGUUGGCAUUACUGGCGCUGUAUAUCUACAAGAAGUAUGUGCCGCCACGUCUACCACACGCACCCCCGGCCUUCGCUGAAGAAAUGCCUCAAGAGUUGACUAAUUUCGAGAAAUUUCAGAUCUGGAAGGAAAAUAUUCCCAAUUCCUAUACAAUGAUUCUGAUAAGUGUUGGCUCUGUCCUACUAUUGGCUUAUUAUGGUCUCGAAAUGACUUAUUUGCAAUUCUUGGCCCAAUUUAUUACAUCCACACCCCUUCCUAUUUUUGGUAUGCAGUCAGCUCUGGUUGAAACAGCGACAGGUGCUACCUAUGCAUUUGGAGGUCUUAUCAGUAUCUAUCUAAGCAAACAAAUAGAUAUGAUUAAGAAAAAGCUCAUUAAUAAUCCGGCCAUACUUCUGGGUUAUAGACAAAAGUCUUUCUCGAUAUUAACGAUGUAA